AUGAAGCCCGAACGAGCUAAUAUUUUGCAUAAGCUAACCUCAUCGGUCGGGACAACAGCAAACCAGAACGCUUCCAGUGAGCUAACCUCGUCAUCGCCAUCGCAGUUAACCUCCAACGAUACCACCACGUGGUACGAUUCCGUUAAAAGUACCAGUCAUCGGCAACAAGCAGUCUCGGUAACACAACGCAAGCUCUCCCAGAAACAAAACCCGAUUGGAAACAUCGUCGCCACGUGGAUUGCAGUUUUGGUCGCAGCAGUUCUUCCAGUUCGACAAUCCGACGAUUCAUUCGGAUCUACAAAUUGGUCUACCAACAAGCCAGAAAGUCGGUCGCAUAGCAGCGAGUUACAGCAGGAACUACUAUUACCUCUCUUGGAAACCCUCAUCAGUCGCAGCAACGUGUGGGCGUUUUGCAAGCCGCAUACAGCAGCGUUUAUCAACAGCAUCAUCGUUGUCGAACCACGUCUGACGUUGACGGAUUCAACCGCCUGUCAAUCGUCGCAAAUCGUAUCUAAUUUCGUUCAAAACACUUUGUCGGAUGAGCAAUCGUUUGUCUCACCACUCGCGGAAACAUUCCGAUCGAAUUCGUUAAAUCAUCAAUCGUUCGCGGUCGGAAUCGCUCCCCUUUCCUCGUCGGUCGUCUCGCCCGGUAGCGAAACAACCUCGUAUCAAAGUGAUCAAGUGAAACCUCGAAAUUAUACAGUGUUACUCUCGACAGCACUUGUUAAAGUGAAGGAUGUAGACAACAACAAUCAUUUCGCCAGAGCUCUUUUAGACAGUGGGUCUCAACCGAGUUUAGUUUCUGAAGCACUCUGCCAGAAGCUACGUUUGAAACGUACAAAAAUUAAUUCACCGAUCAGCGGAAUCGGACAGUCCACAGUGAACGUACACUACGGAAUCACUUUGUCGCUCUCUUCUCGUUUCGAUACCUUCUCCACCAGUUUGGAAUGUCUGGUAUUACCGAAGCUCACCGUGUCCUUGCCUGGUCACCACAUCGACGUCGUACGUUGGAACAUUCCACGAAAUCUUCCUCUAGCAGACCCACAGUUUAACAUCAGCAAAGGUAUCGACAUCAUCAUCGGUGCUGAACUGUUCUACCAUUUACUAGAACAUCAGCAAUUCUCGCUUGGCCUCGGAUACCCUGUCCUUCAGAAGACAUUCCUUGGAUAUAUUGUAUGUGGCAAGCUGGAACAGCUAUCCUCGGAACCACCUAUAACACAAACCAGUAUGAUAUGUGCAGAACAGCAGCUCGACGCUCAACUUCAACGGUUUUGGGAGGUCGGAAACAUCGAAGACGUCAAGGAACACAGUAACGAGGAACAAGCUUGUGAGGAGCACUUCCUACAAACAACUUCCAGGGAGGUUGAUGGUCGCUUCGUCGUUCGUUUACCAUUACGAGAAGAUAUGAUAGCGUUAAUGGGCGAUUCGUACCAGCCCGCCCUCAGUCGAGUCCUGGCAAUGGAGAGAAAGCUCGCUUCCAACGAAAAACUUCGCCGGGAAUACCUUAGUUUCAUGGAGGACUACGAGAAAUUGGGUCACAUCGAGGUUUGUUCGCGCGCGUCGUGCAGCCCACAGUAUUUCCUGCCCCAUAAUGCCAUUCAACGUCCGGAGAGUUCAACUACGAAGACUCGAGUGGUAUUUGAUGGAUCAUGUCGCUUCUCCACACAACUUUCGCUUAACAACGUUUUGAAAAUUGGUCCAACGGUUCAACCUGCUUUGUACGCCAUCGUAAGAAACUUCCGCGUGCCACGUUAUGCCAUCACAGCCGAUCUGGAGAAAAUGUUCAGGCAGAUCUGGAUUCAUCCUGAGGAUCGCAGAUUUCAACAAAUCUUGUGGCGCCGAGAUCCAUCUGAACCGAUUCGCACGUAUUGCUUGAAAACGGUCACGUAUGGCUUAGCCAGUUCUCCGUAUCACGCAACCAGGGUGCUGAACCAGCUAGCCUCAGAGGAAAGGAGUCGGUUUCCAUUGGCGGAGCCAAUAAUCAGGAAAGGCACGUACGUCGACAACGUAAUUGCUGGACAUGAUGAUCAUGAAACUCUCAAGGAGGCCUGCGCGCAAUUGAUCAAGAUCUUCCAGUCUGCUGGAUUUGUACUUCGCCAGUGGGCGUCAAACAGUACGACAGUUCUCUCCAACGUUCCCAAGGAUCUAUGGGAGACUUCUACAGAAUUGGAAAUAGAUCAAUCCCUCGCUGUGAAGACUCUAGGACUGUUGUGGUUUCCCCAGCAGGAUUCGUUCAAAUUUAAAGUACCUGCAUUGCCUGAGCUGAGUGUGGUUACCAAACGUGUCGUUGUAUCAGAAAUGUCACAACUAUUCGAUCCCCUCGGCCUUCUUGGACCCGUAGUCGUCAUGGCAAAAAUGUUUAUACAAACCCUCUGGGCGGAGAACAUGUCGUGGGACACCGAGUUAUCGGACAAACAUAGCACAUGGUGGAGAGAGUAUCGCAACGACAUCACAGCACUGAGGACACUGGAGGUCCCUAGGAGGAUGCUGUGGAACAAAAGCCAGGAUUACACCUUGCAUUGCUUCUGCGAUGCAUCAAAAAAAGGAUACGGAUGUGCCGUAUAUGUCGUGUCACCAGAUGAGACUAGCCAGCUACAAUCUCAUCUUCUCACCUCAAAAUCUCGAGUUGCUCCUCUCCGUGGACUCACUAUUCCCCGAUUAGAGCUUUGUGCAGCUCUCUUCGGAAGCCAGCUUGUUAACAACCUUCGUAUCAACACUGUCUUCAAUGGGCCGGUUGUGUUUUGGACUGACUCAACCAUCGUGCUGCACUGGAUCAAAUCCACGUCAAACAAGUGGAAAAUCUUCGUCUCCAACCGAGUGGCAGAGAUCCAACGUUUGACGAAGGAUCAUGAGUGGCGACAUGUUACAACAGAAUCAAAUCCUGCAGAUCUAAUCUCACGAGGAAUCCUUGCAACUAAAAUUAUAAACGAACAUUUUUGGUGGCACGGUCCAGGCUUCAUCAGAACCGCGAAAGAGCUCUGGCCGCAGAAUAUAAUCCCAGCAUUGAGUACCCUGGAUGUUGAGGAAGAAGCUCGUCUACUCGUUUCACUUCAUGUCAAUGAAGUAGAUUCCUCGAUUUUCGAAAGAUUCUCCGAGUUGGGCAAGAUAAUUCGAACUGUCGCUUACUGCUACCGCUUCUAUACCAACUGUAUGCUUCCUAGUGAUAAACGUCUCAUAAGAGCUCUCUCUCCAAAUGAAUACAACAUCGCUUUGAAAUGUCUAGUUCGUUUGGCUCAGCGAUCAGAAUUCCCAGCAGAAAUUCGCAUCUACGGGAGGAAAAGCAACCUUUCGAAGAGUACAGCCAAAUCUCCACUCAAAAAUCUAAACCUAUUCAUGGAUGAUUUUGGUCUGCUCAGGCUCGAUGGCCGCCUAAGAAACCUAAAUGCACCUUUUGACACACGGUUUCCUAUUCUACUCCCCGCCAAACAUACUAUCAGCUGGAUGAUAGCCCGAUCGAUACAUUUACAAACGCUCCAUGGUGGUCCGAAGCUCUUACUGGCCACGAUACGUCAGCGAUUCUGGCCACUACAGGGUCUUCAGUUAGCUCGCAGAGUUGUGCGCAAAUGCAUCACUUGUUUCCGAUGCCAGCCUCGACUAUCGCAACAGAUCAUGGCACCCUUACCGUCAGUGCGCAUCACUCCAGCUCGAGUAUUCUCACAUUCGGGUAUGGAUUACUGUGGGCCGUUCCUCGUUCGUCCGUUAAGUGGAAGGGGAGCGUCGGUGAAAAUCUACGUUGCUUUAUUCGUAUGCUUGGUGGUGAAGGCCGUGCACCUUGAAGUCGUCUCCGAUUUGUCGUCCGCCGCGUGCAUAAACGCCGUCAAACGCUUCGUCGCUCGUCGCGGUCGCGUUCUACAGUUGCACUGCGAUAAUGCAACUGCGUCGGCGCGGAUCGCGAAUUGA